AAGUAAAAAACAAAUAGAGCCGAGAAGAAAUGUUCUCCUCUAACCCGUUAUCUCUCAGCGUUCCCGACCCUACCUUCGAAUCGUGGCUCCGUGAUUCCGGCUACCUAGAUGUCAUCGACGACCACCAGACUGCCGCUGCCGCCUCCACAACCGCUACCGCUACCACUCCCACAAUCAGCGACUCUACAAUAACCAUCCCAGUAAGCAGCUUCUUUUUAAGAUAUUUGGUCUCUUUUCUCUCUCAUUUGUGGACGCUGCUCUCCCUGUUAACGUUUAACCCAUUCGCCAAGCUCACCACCAACGAUUUCUCUGGAGAAACUCCUUCGUGGACUAAAGGGUUCUUCGCGGAUUUUGGGUCCUAUUCGUUUCCAGCUUCGGUUUCUCAAGUGAGGCUCAGGGUUCAAGAGAAUGUUAAGCGUUAUGCGCGGAAUUAUGCCUCACUUUUUAUUCUCUUCUUCGCUUGUUCUCUGUAUCAGCUGCCACUUGCACUUGUUGGGUUGAUAUCAAGUUUGGCACUUUGGGAUUCAUUCAGGUUCUUCAGUGAUAAAUGGGGUUUGGAUAGGUUUCCUGUUACUCAAUUGAUCUUGGUUCGAAUUGUGCAAUGUGCUACUGCAAUUAUUUUGCUAUGGUUGAAUGUUCAAAUGGCUUUGUGUUGUACCAUUGGUGUCAGUUAUAUAGUUAUGAUUUUGCAUGCCGCAUUCCGGAAGCUGACUCCGACAAAGCAACCUUCUCGAGCUAGAUCAUGGAAAUAGGAGAUUACAGCAAAC